UGGGAGAGAUGGAGGCAUAGAGAGACUCAGAGGUUGGGCCUACAGUCAGGAAUUGUCUGGUACUACAGCAGUGCUAUAAGGGGGGAUGGGGAAAGAUUGAUGUGAAUUGAGUUAUAGAUCCAUUCCCUGGUGUCUGAUCAGCUUGUAAAUACCCUGGGCUAGAGAACUGGGCUGCUCGGGAAUCCAGUGAAUAGGCCAAAUAGUGGAUGAUCCAGAAAGUUUGUCUCAAUUGGCCUGGGUUGGGCUGAUGGGUUGCCUGGAUAGGUAAAUCUCCUCUGCUCCCAGCUCCUUUCUAGGCAAAUCCCAAUUCAGGGAAAUGAGUUCAGGGACCAGAGACUCAAAGCAUCUGCUGGAGGUGAAGCUACUAGAGACUGGGAGAUAAAUGUCCCCCACAGACACCUGUCUUGGACAACAUUCAAUGACCUGAGGUUCUAACCUGAACAGCUGAGAGGAGACUAAGGAGAGACAUGCUGAGCUGGAAAGUUGAGGCCUUGAGACACUAGGUGAAGAAGAGAGACAAAGUCUGGGCACCCUGAAAGGAACCAAGUAGUCUAAGAGCUGCUAAAAGUGGCCAAAAGGCCAACAGAAAUAACAUUAAUGAAGGCACAUUACCAUCUGUUUUGCCAUUGCACCCCAAGGACCAUCUGACUUGCUGCUGAAUCCUGCUGUGUGUGUUGUCUCCCGCUAUUAGAAUGUGAGCUCUGUGAGAACAGGGACUGUCUUGCUUCUCACUUUGUAUUCCCAAAUGUUGCAUGUAGAGGGAGUCACUGAAAGUGAGGCCAUUCCUGCUAAGGAGAAACCUUCAGAAGUGGGGGUCCACCGAAAUGACUGCAUCAUCUGCUAUUCCUCCUAUGACCUGGCUGGCCGCCUUCCACGCCGUCUGUACUGUGGCCACACCUUCUGCCAGUCUUGUGUCCGGCGACUGGACACACCAGCUCAUGAACAGCGAUGGAUCCCCUGCCCUCAGUGCCGCCAGAGCACACCCACACCGAGAGGUGGUGUGGCCAUGCUGGACCUUGAUCUGGCUGCCUUCCUGGCUGUGAAGGCUGAGCGGGAACCCCUCCGAGGAGAGCCCUGGUCCCCAACUCCUCACAAAGGCAGCCCUCCCAAACCUAGCUCCGUGAUCACCCAGCAACCAGACAGCCAUUGUCCAACCCUAGGCCCUCAGCCCCGCUUCCCCCGACAGGGUGGCUGUUGGGGCUGCUGCCUAUGCUGUGAGCCUGAGGGCACCCCUGAAGUCUGAGUCCUGCCAUAAAUGUGCCCAGCUACCAAACAUCCUGCCAUGGAACAGUCCCUAGCCACAACAUCCAGGCAGUCUUCAUGGGAAGCCGAGGCUGGACCCUUGACCUAGCCCAUGCAUGGGAUUGAAAGUGAGGGCUGGAGCUCUGUCCUGAGAUAUGUCUCAUCACAGCUCCUUUGCUUUCCUCACUAAGUCCCAACUCCUUUGCUAGUUGCCACCAACCUCUUCUCAAUGCUGAUUCACCAUCAUACUCUCCCUACCAGGACCCUGAGUUGGGGUUAUUUGGAGAGUUCUAAUUCCUCAAGGUGGCAAAGGGCCUCUGGCUGCUAGAACCCAUAAUGGUUCCCUUGGCUGCCUGGUCCCCUAGAAAACUCAGCCUCUGAAAGAGAUAGGACUCUGCACCUAGAACCCUGAACUCAAACCCCAUAAUUAGCACAUAAAUUAAAAGCUAUGUUGACUUGCAUCCCAGGAGAGGCCACCACCCAGAUUGUGAGGGUAGGGAUACCUAGGACCGUGGCUGAGAUCCCUGCAGUUUGGAAUAGGGCACAACGGCUGUGUUUACAACCAUUUGUUCUGUUCAUUUUUUGUUUUUGGUUUUUUUACUAAAGUGUGACUAUCUACUCUGG